AUGGGCGCCGUCCAGAGUGACCUCAAGUCCAACAUUGUCCAGGCCUCAUCCGGCGAUGUUGCCAUUCCCCCCACCUUGACCGAAUUCUGGCAGACUUUCUGGCAACGACCAGAAACCGCCGAACAUGUCUUCGAGACCAUUACUCCAUCCGACCUGCGCACAAUGCGCGACGACCCCAAAUCCUUCAAGAACUUCGAAACCUUGAUUCUGACUCUGUCUCUUCACUUGAUCGACCUGCGCUGGGCCGAGGACUCUCUCUUUGAAAAAGAUGCUGCUGCCUUUAUUCGUGAGGCUCUUAAUUGCGUCCGCACUCUUACCCGCGUCCUCCCUUUCGUCUACGAGUGUGAUCGCUUGUCCGCCUGGGAGCAGUCCUUCUUCUGGGAGCCCACAGACAAGCUGUCUCCCCCCACCAUCUCCCGAAACAUCUCUGGUGAAUCCACCACGGCAGAGACUCUGGACCACUCGGGCAGCUCCUCACACCGCGACUCCUCGAGAUGCCUCGGAGUCGAGCUCAUUGACACCCUUUUGGAUCUGGCUUUCUGGUCAGGCUUCACACUCCCUAUCAACAUGAACGGCAAAAACGGUCCUACUUAUGGCUUUUGGCAAAGUGGAAUCGCUUACGAGCGACGCUUGGAAACUAGCAAAGAAUUUGAGAGCAGGAGGACUGAGAUCAUGCAACUUCUUCUGGUUCUUGAGAGCAAAUGCAUCUACAAGCCUGCUAACGCCUUCACCACUUUUGGCUGUGAGGCAAUUGAUUUCAUCUCGAAUCAUCACGAUCGCAAGAAGGUCCAAUACCUCCUGUGCUCGCUUUUGAACACAGUCUUGAAGUAUCAACCCGACGCUCGCUAUCUCUCACCAUCACCUAGAGAGGUGCAUGAAACCCAUGUUCGCACUUGCCUCCAUUUCCUACAGGUCAAUCUUCUCAACAGAGCACCUUGGGCUGAAGGCUCUGCUCCACCAGACAACCGGUUCCGUGAUCUUUUUUCUCACCUCCACAAAGCAACCCACCUACAAUUCCUAGCCGACGGAAUACUUAAAAUACUGCGGCAGCCGCUCGAAGCAAACAGUAACGGAUUGAACAUUGUACAGAGACCCCUUGUCUGGGCCCAUGAGAUCAUCCCUCUCUUGUGGGAGUCUCUAUACUCGAACAAGUAUUUCCGUGCAUUCAUCUGUGAAACUGGUCGCCAGUUCGAGCUGACCGUGUUCCUCCUGUUCUAUAUUUUGGACCCUAAUAAGAAUGUAGAAGGAGUAAAACGAGUGAGUCUGCUAUGUGUACAGACAAUGAGCGAGAAUCCCGAGUACGCCAUCUCCUUGAACAAGCAAUUCGAGGGUCAUGAUAAUCUUCCGUCGUUCAUGCAAAUCAAGAAUUUCCACGGUUCUUAUGCCGACUAUCUAUUCACUUGGCUACUUACUCUUCUGAGACCCAAUAAAAAUGGCCAUUUGGACGCCAUGGCUGCUGCGCUAGUCGGAAUUAUCGUUAAUGUGUCUCCAUACAUUUCCCACCUUGGCCGAGCAACAAGUCUAAAACUGAUCCAACUUGUGGACCUGUAUACACGAAACUCUCUAUCGACUAGCGUCGAGAUGAAUGCCAUGGUCUUGACUCACAUGGUCCGCGCGGUCAACUCGAUGCUGGAAGAACACAAACCUGGAACAGAAAACGAGAACUUACUCUGGGCCAUCUGGAAAUACGGGACUACCUUUGAACAUCUAGCGGACCUCAGAAUGGAGGUCGAUCCAAGCUUCAAACAAGUGAUGGAGCAGAUCCGCGAAAGCGGUAUCAUCGAGCCUAUGUUGUGUCCGGAUGGCACUGUGCUCCAUCCCUUGAUCGCGGCUAGUGAUAUAGCCAACUUGGACAAAGACAAGGCUCCUCGACCACGUCUAGGCAGGGGACGCACAUGGCUAGAACUUCGUGAUAUUUACAAUCCAGCAACAUCUCCCGUGGUGCCUCCGGUAGAUGAUAUGCCGCCACCGAACGGAGAUAAUGUCGCAGAAAAACAACCCUCGGUAUCUUCAAGGGCUGUGGGUAAACAACCCGAAAAGGGCAAGGAGUCUGCAGAUUUCGAAGAGGAAAAGGCAAGAGCGCUGACCUCACCAACCACAGACAUGGAGAUAGUCCGAACGUGGGUACCACAAAUGCCUCUUCUCACAACAUUGUCGCUGCUCCUGGCGCUACAAGCAUGGACAGCGAAGUUGUUGGAGGAUAGAGGUAUGGAGGGCAGCCAAGAAGCUGUAGACGGGCUGGGCAUGGAUGAAGUGCUACAACCAGUAAGGAACUUGGGUCAUAUCUCCGUGGAGACGACGACUCGAAACAUCCACACGUUCCCCAUGACAGCUCCCUUCUCGGAAGCGUACGCGGCUUUCUACUGGGGUCUUGUUGUCUCCCAGGACUUGCAACAUGCGUCGACUUCUGGAAGCGGUAUCUGGAGCAGCACAAACGUCAGAUUGUUCAAGAUUCGGGCUGGCGAGGUUGUGCCGCCAAGCUUGUUGAGUCCCAAGGGAGCAGUGGAUGCACUUGGAGAGAGCUUGGUAAGUGGAGUACAAAAUCUGGCAUUGAAGUUUCGACAGCAGCUGAACGGUGGCUCUGAGGCAUGA